ACCACUUCAACGCCUCCUCAACGGCCAUGGAUUCCCCUUGCAAAACCAACUGAAUCAAACAUCUCCAACGUUUUUACCGUCAUGUGCUAUAACGUUCUCUGCGACAAGUAUGCUACGCGCCAGCUGUACGGCUACUGUCCCAACUGGGCGCUAUCCUGGGACUAUCGCCGCAAUGCCAUAAUGCAGGAGAUCAAGAACUUUGAUGCCGACAUAAUUUCACUUCAAGAAGUGGAGACGGAGCAGUUUUACAACUAUUUUCAGCCACAACUUGCAAAUGUCGGCUACGAGGGCAUCUUUUCGCCAAAAUCACGAGCAAAGACAAUGACCGAAUCCGAGCGGCGCCAUGUAGACGGCUGUGCUAUAUUUUUCAAAACGGACAAAUUCAGCCUGGUCAAGGAGCACCUAAUUGAAUUUAAUCAACUGGCAAUGGCCAAUGCCGAAGGCUCUGAUGAUAUGCUGAAUCGAGUUAUGACAAAAGAUAACAUUAGCUUGGUUGCUCUACUCCAGACAAAAGACAGCGGCAAUGCAGACAAUCUUGCAGAACCUUCAAUGGCUGCAGGCCAACCACUGGUCGUCUGCACUGCACACAUUCACUGGGAUCCAGAAUAUUGUGAUGUCAAGUUGAUUCAGACGAUGAUGCUUAUGCAUGAACUUAAAAGCUUUGUUGAUGAGGCUGCCACUUUGUUUCGGCUGAAUGCUGGUGGCAACAAGGCUGAUUCCAACUCGAUUCCACUUAUCAUGUGUUGUGAUCUCAAUUCGUUGCCUGACUCUGGUGUAGUGGAGUAUCUAUCGAAUGGUCGAAUCGCCGUUGAACAUCCUGACUUUAAGGAAAUCGCAUACAAGGACUGUCUUCGCAAGCUGUCGCCUAUUGUGUCGGAUAGCUCAAAGAGCAACUCAAACGAGUACACUCAUGCUUUUGAGCUAAUUAAAGCUUACAAGGACGACGUUAUGCCAUUUACUAAUUACACGUAUGAUUUUAAAGGGGUAAUUGAUUACAUCUUUUGCUCAAAAACAAACAUGUCAGUACUGGGCGUUUUGGGACCUUUGGACACAAAUUGGCUUCGCGAAAACAAAAUUGCUGGAUGUCCGCACCAGUAUAUACCCUCGGAUCAUUUUCCUCUUAUCGUUGAGAUAGAGAUGAUCCCCAAAAUUCUUUCUCCGGGCAUGGUUUCUCAAAUCUCUUCAAAUUCCGGUUCUAAUUCUGGUGCAGCUAAUGGACAUUUGAUUAGACGACCCAUUUGA